GCAAAGAAAGUUUCGCGCUGUGCGCAGUGCCUAAAUUUCAUUCUCAGUUUAGUGCUUUUAGAAUCAGGAUCGACUCUUGAUCCGUUCUACGAAUCGAGAAAAAACAAUGAAGAAUUUCCUCACUACUACUAUUCCAUUUAAUCAAACGCUGAAUUUUGAUCGUUUCGUGUUCGGAUGGCUCGAUUAUGUGCUUUUCAGUUCGUUGUUGCUUGUCAGCGUUCUCAUCGGCGUGUACUUCGGAUUCUUUAGCAAACAAAAUAGUACAAAAGAAUAUUUUCUAGGUGGUAAACGAAUGGGAUGCUUUCCCAUUGCAAUAAGCAUUAUUGCUAGCCACAUUUCGGGGAUUACAUUACUAGGCAUACCCGCGGAGGUUUUUCAUCAUGGUUCUCAGUAUGCUGCGUGCGUUAUUACGUCGAUUCUUACUGCUGUGAUCACUUCUUAUGUUUUUCUACCUGUAUUCUACAAACUGCAGCUUACCAGUACUUUUGAGUAUCUCGAAAUCAGAUUUUCUAAAUCAAUCAGAAUCCUCUCUUCGGUAUUGUUCACUAUUUCGCUCUUUGCGUACGUGCCUAUUGUCAUCUACGUACCUGCUAUUGCCUUUGCGCAAGUUACUAAAAUAAGUGUUCACACAAUAACGCCAGUGCUCUGCAUCGUGUGUAUCAUUUAUACUAGCAUUGGUGGCUUGAAAGCAGUGGUAUGGACGGACACUAUACAGUUUUCUGUAACCUUUGGAGGACUUAUUACAAUUCUUGUACUGGGAAUACUGUCUGUCGGCAGCGUCGAGGAAGUGUGGAAAAUAUCAGCUCAAGGAGGCCGUCUCAUUUUUUUCGAUAUGAACCCAAGUCUGUUUGUGAGGAAUACUUUUUGGAGUAUGAGUAUAGGUAUGACAGUAAUAUGGCUCGGACAUCUCGGUAUUCAUCCAGGUACAGUGCAGCGAUUUUUAGCAGUGCCUAGAGAAGUUGAUGCAAAACAACUCUGUAGGCGUACGGUUAUCAGCUGUGAAGAAAGAUGACUCCUUCAUGCAACGUCCUAGCAACGCAGCGCGGAAUAAACAAGCAAGCGUGGCGUGAUUUAGCUUCUAGCAAGCAGCCGAUAUUCGGCAAUAUGCAAGCAGGAAGCGGAGGGAUAAGAAGACUGCUUUCCGCGAUGAGCUGAUUCUCACGGCGAUAUACGCGGCGCUCGCAGCGAACGGCGUGUGAUAUAAGAAAAAUAUUAAAAAGAAAGUAAAAAACCACAGAGCCUAUGGUUCAGAUAGGAGGUGGACAUUCAGAUUGACGUCAAAAAACGUAGUGUAUUCAGGACGUUUCGAUCAUUUAUUGUUGAUCAUC